UUUAAAACAUCAGUUUCAAUUUAGAUUUUCAUUACAACGGUUUAUGGAAUAAGAACAAACGUUUUAGAGAAUUAUAAUUGUUUGCGAAUAAAAUAACGAGUUAAGAUUUGCAAUAACCUAAUAAAAACGAGCUUAAGAACAGGAUCGUUUAGUGUAUCCUGUAUCUUUUAAUAGCCCACCUCUUGGAAAAAUAAUUUAAAAUUAGAAGAAGAGUGUGAAUAGUGAAUAUUUGUGAAAGAAUUAAACGAGAAAAAAUAAAACAAAAUAGAAUUUAAAACAAAAAUGUUUAAAUUAGUGUGUUUGUGUUUAGUGCUGACAACGGUGGUGGCUAGACCAGAGCCACCCGUUAACUCUUAUUUACCUCCCUCUGAUAGUUAUGGAGCACCAGGCAGUGGUGGCGGAGGUUCUGGUGGCGGUGGUUCCCCCUUGGCGCCCUCAGAUUCUUAUGGAGCGCCUGGUUUGGGUGGUGGUUCACCUUCCUCAUCGUAUGGAGCUCCUGGUUUAGGUGGUGGUGCAGGUGGCAAUGGUGGCGGAAGUGGUGGUAAACCUUCUUCUUCUUAUGGAGCUCCUGGUGCUAAUGGCAAUGGUGGCGGUGCUGGAGGCAGACCUUCUUCUUCGUAUGGAGCUCCUGGUUUUGGUAAUGGUGGUGGUUCCGGAGGCAGACCCUCAUCAACCUAUGGAGCUCCUGGUGCUAAUGGAAAUGGUGGCGGCAGUGGUGGUGGUAAUGGUGGCAGACCUUCUUCCACUUAUGGUGCUCCUGGUGCUAAUGGCAACGGUGGUGGUAAUGGUGGCAGACCUUCUUCUAGCUACGGUGCUCCUGGUUUUGGUGGUUCUAAUGGCAACGGUGGUGCUGGAGGUAGACCUUCUUCCACCUAUGGUGCUCCCGGUUCUAAUGGCAAUGGCGGCAGACCUUCUUCUACUUAUGGUGCUCCUAAUGGCAAUGGUAAUGGCGGUGGUGGUGGCGCUGGAGGCAGACCCUCCUCCACCUAUGGUGCUCCUGGUUCAGGUUCGGGUAAUGGCUCUGGUGGCCGUCCUUCUGAUAGCUAUGGUCCUCCCGCUUCAGGUUCAGCUGGCCGUAAUGGUGGUGGUGGCGGACGCGGUGGUCAACCCAACCAAGACUACUUACCUCCCAAUCAAGGCAAUGGUGGAGCUCGCAGCGGCGGUAAUGGUGGCAGUGAUGGUUACGAUUAUAGUCAAAAUGGUAAUGGCGGUGGUGGUCGUGGAGGUGGCAGUGGAGGCGGCAACGGUGGUUACAAUGGUGAUGAUGGCAGCAAUGAACCCGCUAAAUAUGAAUUUAGCUAUCAAGUGGAUGAUGCUCCAAGUGGUUUGUCGUUUGGACAUUCUGAAAUGCGUGAUGGUGAUUUCACGACUGGUCAAUAUAAUGUUUUAUUACCCGAUGGCAGAAAGCAAGUUGUGGAAUAUGAAGCCGACCAAGAAGGUUAUCGUCCACAAAUACGUUAUGAAGGUGAUGCCAUUGAAGGUGGACAGGGAGGUGGUGCUGGAGGACAGGGUGGUGCUGAUGGUUAUGAUUAUCAACAGAAUGGUGGCGGUAAUGGUGGCAAUGGAGGUAAUGGUGGUUAUAGUUCAGGACAAGAUUUGGGUGCCAAUGGUUAUUCGAGUGGACGUCCUAAUGGAGGCGGCAAUGGUAAUGGCGGUGGUAAUGGUUAUUCCAAUGGCAAUGGUGGUCGCAAUGGAGGUGGACAAAGUUUAGGUUCUAAUGGUUAUAGCGGCGGCAGACCAGGUGGCCAAAGUUUAGGCUCAAAUGGUUAUAGUAAUGGCAGACCUAGUGGUCAGGAUUUGGGUUCUAAUGGUUACUCAAGUGGUGCUCCCAAUGGCGGUGGUAAUGGUGGUAGUGGUGGUGGACGUAAUGGCGGUAGUGGAGGUGGUCAAUAUAACAAUGGCCAAGGUUAUUCUAGUGGUCGUCCUAAUGGCGGCGGUAAUGGAGGUGGUCGUAAUGGUAAUGGCAAUGAUGGUUAUCGUAAUGGUGGUAAUGGUGGAGGCCGUAAUGGUGGUAAUGGCGGUGGUGGUGCCAAUGGCUAUAACUAUGAACAACAAGGUUCUAAUGGCUUUGGUUCGGGUGGACAAAAUGGCGAUAAUGAUGGCAGUGGCUAUCGUUAUUAAAAGCUCUAUUUAAUCCUCUCUCUUCGAAAACUCUUAAAAAAAUGUUGACGUUCAGGCUAUUUGCUAUAAGGUUUAAUGUUAAUUACUGCAAGGAACUUACUAGGAAUUGUUUAGCUUAUUUUUUAUAUUAUAAUUUUUUUUCUCAAAUUAAGUCUAUAAUUUCUCUAGACUAUUUUUUCUAUAAUCUAGUUUAUUUUUUUAAUCUAACUAAUUUUAAGUUUUUUUUUUAUAAUUACAAACGAUAAACCAGAUGUGGCAUAUUUAAACGAAACAAAAAUACUCUAUAACUUUAAAAUAGAUUUGCAUUUUAGUAUUUUUUUUUAAACUUCAUUCAAUUUCAUUUUCUGCACCUUUUCCUAAUCACCAAUUAUUUUUUCUAGCUCCUUUAACUUAACUGAAUAUUUAUCUCCUAAGCAGCACUUUCAUUAUAUUCAUCAUUAUUAUAUAGUUUAAAGAAAAUCCAGUCCUUUUUGUAAAAAGGUCUCUCAAAAAAAAAAAAAAAAAAAAAAGAAUCAAAUAUUUAAAUUUACUACAUAAACUAAUUAUAAGUCUACUUAGCAUCUGUAUUAAGUUUACAAACUAUGAUUUGUGAAAUUAAAUUUGUAAAACUGUGAAAUGGAAAUGAUACGAUAUUGAAAUAAUAAAAUAUUUCUUAAUAUAAUAUA